AGAUGAUCAUACUGUUACGCUUCUCUUUACUAAAAGCAGCAUGUUGUGAGCAAUGUGCACAUCCAGAUAGCCUUUGACUGAUAACGUGAAACAGCAGUUAUGAAUGGCAUAGAUAAUCCAGUUUAUUACAGUGACGAUGAAACUGCAAUAAAUAAAGAUGAAAAAAUCAAACAAGCGACUCGGACAGAAGAAGAGCUUUCAGAAGGGCCGUAUGCUUGGGGCAGCUUUAGUCCAAAAUGUUUGCAGUGCUGUAACCGUCCAAGUGGGUUCCUGCUCUGGUUCUGUAUUCUUGGUGUGAUUCAAGGAAUGCUAGUAAAUGGCCUUGUCAAUAUCAGCAUUUCUACAAUUGAAAAAAGAUAUGACCUGCGCAGUUCUUUGACUGGACUUAUCUCCUCCAGCUAUGAUAUUUCUUUCUGCAUUUUAUGCCUAUUUGUGUCCUUUCAUGGUCAACGGGGACACAAGCCAAGAUGGAUGACAUUUUCUGCUUUCAUGCUUGGACUUGGAUCAUUGGUGUUCUCCUUUCCUCAUUACAUCAGCGAUGUCUAUUCUUAUGACUCCAAGAAAAGAGAUAUAUGCAGCAUUUCUGGAAGUCAUGAUAACAACGAUGAAUGCAGCAACUCAAAGUCCUCCCUUUCUUUGGGAUAUCUCUUCAUCUUUAUACUGGGACAGCUUAUUAUGGGUGCUGGAGGGACGGCCAUGUACACACUGGGGACAGCCUUUAUUGAUGAAAGUGUCCCUUCAGAAAAAUCUUCACUUUACUUAGGUAUUGCCAAUGGUAUGGCUGUCCUAGGACCCGCUGUUGGCUAUAUUGUUGGGGGCCAGUUUCUGCGAAUUUACAUUGAUAUCAACAAAAGUGCGGAAAUAGACCUAACUCAAGAUGACCCUCGAUGGCUUGGUGGAUGGUGGAUUCCCUUUCUGCUGUUUUGGCCUGUAGCGUGGCUCCUUACUGUACCAUUUCUUGGCUUUCCAAAGUAUUUACCAGGAACUGCUGUGAUCCAGAAACAAAAGGUAUCCCAAGCCCACCAGGAUGGAAGUGAAAUAUUAGUCAAGGAGAAAAACCUUGGAAAAAAUUUUAAAGACUUCCCGUUGGCUUUAAAGCUCCUGUUAAAGAACAAGGUGUUCAUGUGCUUAACUGGUGCUUCCUGUUUUGACGGGCUACUUAUCACUUCACUUGCAACAUUUAUACCAAAAUACAUUGAAAAUCAGUACGGAAGAACAUCCAACGAGGCUGCGCUCCUAGGAGGUCUUGUGCUGAUCCCUGGAGCUGUGGUUGGGCAAAUCGCUGGAGGAUUGCUCUGUUCCAAACUGAAACUGAAGUGCCGUAGUAUGAUCAAGAUGGCUGUGAUAAUGUCCACAGUAUCUUUACUGUUGUGCAGUAUUUUUUUCUUUACCAAGUGUGAAAACAGUCUAUUUGCUGGUGUUUCAGUUAAUUAUAAUGGGCUUGGAUCACCUGGAAAUCUGUCUGCUCCUUGUAAUGCAGGCUGUGGAUGUGACCAUUCAGAAUAUUCACCAGUCUGUGGGGAAGAUAAUAUAAUAUAUUUUUCCCCUUGUCAUGCAGGUUGCAAAGAUCAAGUUCUGCAGAAUAAAACUAAGGUUUACUUCAGUUGUUCGUGUAUAUCACAUAACUCAUCCAUCACGAUGGUGUCAAAGGCAAAUGCAGGAGUAUGCCCAAUAAAGUGCACUAAAAUUAAGUUAUUUAUAACCUUCAGUUUCCUUUUUGCUGUGUUUAACUUCAUGGCAUCGACUCCCACUACGACAGCUACUUUAAGGUCUGUACCGGAGAAGCAGUGUCCAUUUGCUCUUGGGGUCCAGUGGAUCUUUAUACGGUUAUUAGGUUCUAUUCCUGGGCCAAUCAUUUUGGGUGCUGCCAUAGAUUAUUCCUGCAUCCUUUGGGUUGAGAAAGCUUGUGGGAUGAAAGGGGCCUGCUGGGCCUAUGAUAACCAUCAGAUGGCUCUCUCUCUUAUGCUGAUCUGUGGGAUCUGCAAACUGGCGACUAUACUCUUUGAUGUAUCAGCACUAUCUUUAUACAGACCUCCUAAAGGAAAUGUUACCUAGAAUGUAAUGCACAUAAGUAUUUGUAAAGAUUGUAUUAUUUAUUGUUAUUAAAUAUACUGUAAAUAUGUGUGCCCAGAGUAAAGCUCUUCUUUUAUAAUGGCAAAGCAUAUA